AUGUAUCCCAGAGCGUACGACCAGCCGAAACCAUCCGUCAUUAGGAUGGACCCAGACUGUGCUAUAUGCCGCGCUCCGGCCCAUGCGGCCUGCGAAUGCGAGGCAAAGGACCUUGAUAUGGCCAUCAGACAGGCCGAAGACCGUGUCAUGAAGACCAUCUACGCCGACAUACGACCUUGGUAUUACCACGUGCAUCAUGAGGGCAGCUUCACUGACGGGGCCGCCCUUUGCAUCAGGAGCUGGGUUCGAGGAAACGCACAGGAUUAUAUCCUCGGAUAUUUUCGCAUACUAGCAUCUCGACGAAGGGACGCACAUGCCGCUCAUAUGGAGCAGAUUCACUCACAGGCCUUUUACCACUACAACGCACCACCCCACCCCCAGCAGGUUGCCGAUGCCGAGGCCGGCCUGAAACGAGACAUCGACGAGGCCUGGCGAGCGAGCGUCGAACGUUACCCCGAUGUUCUCGAGUACUUCUUCAAUCUGGUCGAGCUGAGCCUCCCUGGCCCCGAAGACCCGGCCAUUACAGACCCGCCACCACUGGCAGAGCUCACGGGUCGUCGCAAAUCCGGACGACGGACACCGGCACCUCCCGACAGCGGUCGCCACGGCCACGGCCACGGCCACCACGAACCUCUACCGGCCAUCGGACCUCCCACCUAUAGCACUGGAAUGGGGAUCUUACCCUCGCGCACACCUCCGCCUCCAGCAGAUCGGAUCGAGCGUCGACCGCGGGAGAAGCGGGCUUCACGGCAUUCGGUGGCACCGCCUGCACAUGCCCCGUACACGCCACACGCCGCCCAGUACGCCCCGUACAUGUAG